AUGGACAUAUCCUCCACCACCACCACCGCCACGGACACUGCCACUGCCGCGGCGACCGCUACCGCUACCGUGUGUGGCUCAACCGUUUACCAAAUCCCGGUAAUCGACGCAGCCUGUGGCGCAAAAGUGAGCGGCAACAUGUCCUCCGUCUUCGACACCUGCUGCAAAGGCGACAGCCCCGUUAAAUACGAUAACGACUGCGGCAUCUACUGCCUCGCCCAAGAGUAG